GUAGUUCACCCUCUUCUUUAACACACGCUCUCCUACGCAUCUGGUUUCUUUAGUGAUCAAGGAGAGGAGAAAAAUGGCGACUAGAACCAACUUUUACAAAAACCCUUCUUUUGUAUACAACAAAGACCUAAGUCUCAACUCUGCCCUUCAAAAUCUCACAGCUUAUAAUAUAGCCACCGGAAAUAACCCUCCACCUCCGACCGAAGACCGAGCAGCCGGUGGGGAUGAAAGAAUCGUUCACCGCAAACGCCGCCGCGAAAAGAGGCCCCGAACUGAUCGAAAUGAUGAAAUCAAUGAUGAUAACGAUGGCCCAAUGUCUCACCAGGAUUAUAUCGAUAAGAGAAGGAAGGAAGUCGGUUCAUCUCACGUUUAUCAGGAAUUAACUGUAGAUGUUUUGGAAAGUUCUCGUCCAACAAUACAUUUGGUAGAUUAUGAUAGUGAAAGAAGUGUGUCAUCAGAUUGCGAAGAGAAGCUGGUUCGUCCUAAUUCUAGUUUGGUUCUAGAUGCUGGUGAAGUGAAGCCGGAUCCUACUUAUUCUGGUAAGUUGGAUGAAGUUGAUCGAGUGAAGAACAGAAGUGAGCAGCGUUUUGCUGUUCCUGGGGAACCUGUUUGUGUGGUAUGCGGGAAAUACGGAGAAUAUGUUUGCAAUGAGACUGAUGAUGAUAUCUGCAGCAUGGAUUGCAAAACUGAGCUAUUGGAGAGCCUCAAACUUUCAGAGGGGUCCUUAAGCACCCAAAGAAGAUAUGAAUCCUUAUCUGGUCCUAAUUAUUCACCAGUCAUCGAAUUUGGAGGGGACACCUGGGAUCAUAACCGUCUGCGUUGGUCCAAAAAGACGUCCAGCCUCUGCACUUAUGAAUGUUGGAAAUGUCAGAGGCCUGGGCAUCUUCCUGAAGAUUGUGUGGUGUUGAUAUCCAACCGUGAAUCUCUUUGUUCAGGUCAACCAUGUGACCAGGUGGCAAGAGGUCAACAAAAACCCAUUUCCUUAUCCAGAGACCUUCUUGAACUGUACAAAAGAUGCCACCAAAUAGGCAAAAACGUGUCAGCUGCGAAGUGUAAUUCAUGCUCUAGGUCAUCAGCUUUGGCCACCUGCCUUUAUUGCAAUACCAUCUUUUGUGACAGUGCAGGUCAUUUGAGCGAGCACAUCAGGGCACACCCCUCCCACAGACAGUAUUAUUCCCAUAAGCUCAAGCGUUUGGUCAAGUGCUGCAAACCAACAUGCAAGGUGACAGAUAUCAAGGAUCUUUUAGCUUGUCACUUUUGUUUCAAUAAAGCCUUCGAAAAGUUCUACAACAUGUAUACUGCAACAUGGAAAGGAGCUGGACUUUCAAUUAUCUGGGGUUCUAUUUGCUGCGAAGAUCACUUUGAAUGGCAUAGGAUGAAUUGUUUGAAUGCCGGUGUAGAAGACAAUGCCUAUGUUGUUAGCAAGAAUGUCAAUGCCCAGAAUAAUAAGCGCGUUCAGCUCAGUGACUUCAUAUUCUGAUUUGAUCACAAAUAGUUCUAUGAAUUCUUGAAUACCAUUUUAGAAGCCCUUGACAACUAUGAUGGAGCACUGCACAGUGGCAGUUUAAAGCAACCGUGCAUGUAUACCUUUUCCUUUUCCUUUUCUUCUACUUUUUUAUGUUUCUUAGGGAUCUUAGAUUUGUUGAGGAAACGCGAAAGAAAAAGGAAGUUCAAUUUUUUAUCCAACUCGUCAUGUAUUUUUUGUGGCAAGUUUGCAUCCAAUUUCUUGUCAAUCCCGUAACCCAACUAGAAAAUCUAGAUUAGAUUCUUUUUCUUCA